UGAAUCAUUUUUAUGUUGUGAUUUAUUGCGUUCAUACAAAUCACUUCUUCGUCCAGCAUUUUGUUUUUUCUUGUUCUCAUGAUAAAGAGACUGGCACUAUGUAUAUAUGUAUAUUAUGCUCUUCCCCGGGUAUAUUAAAUUUCCAAAUUAAUGCAAAAUUGUCUGUAAAUUUACACAAAAACUCACCUAAAUGCUUAUGAAGACUGAGAAAAUUGUCUAUUUUUCUAGGGUAUUGUGUUCCUCAAAAAUAGAAGUUCUUAUAAGUUUUUUUAAACGACUUGGUUUUACAACAUCGCCGAUGGAGUUUAAUUAAUUUUCUGACCAGAAAUAUCUGAGCCAGAUCUCCGGUUUCCUAGAACUGAAGAACCAGCAAUAAAACACCUUGUUUUGUCACUUGAGGUAUAUAUACUCAACAUGGGAGAGAAAGAGUGCAAUAAAAGGAGUUGGCUUGGUUUGAAAUAUUACCAGUAUGAACUAAACACUGGAAUAUAUAUGUUUGAGCCAUGGGAAAAAAGCCUGUUUAAUAUAAUUUUACUUGGAGUUUUGCUUAUGAGUUUGGUAUCCUCAUACUUUUUCAUGCCCCCUUCCAUACGACGAGGAAUGGAGUUGCUUGGACUGUCAUAAAUAUGGAUUUGAUUUGCUGCUGCAUAUAAGUUUUUCAAUAGUUGCAACAUUCCAGCAUUCUGUGGCAUGUAAAUUAUUGUGAAACUCAUGGACCUUGAACUGAUAUAUACAUUGAGGAUGAUAUUUCAUGUUCGUGAAUUAAUUAGAUUUUAUAUAUAUUUAUUUAUGUUUUUUUAAUAACAUUUGAUAGUUCAUUUCUAUAAUUGGAAGUCAUGUGUGUAUUGUACAAUAUAAGUUUUCUUUGUAAUCACAAUAUGUUAUGUGAACCCUUUAUAUAUAGACUUAUAGACGACUGCAUUUUACUAGUACCUUUCUUCUAUUUCCAUUGUAUUGCGUAAAGCAUGUCACCUAACUAACUAACCAACAAUCAAAAUCUGUGUUUGUUUAUGUCUGUUGUGUCCAGUUGAAGAGAAUGUUUUUACUUUCUUUGAACUGUUAGGAUUUGUCAUAUUUUAACUAUAUUCAAUUUAAUAAAAAUCUGUGUUGUCGAAUAAAAUAUAAGUAGUGUUAUAAAUUUCGUUAAUUUUUGGGGGGGGCAGGGGGACUUAGGAUCUACUGAGAAUUGAUACUAUGAAAUUAAAUAGAAACAUGUUUAUAUCUAAGAAAAACAGUGGAUAAUUGUCAUUUCAUGUUAUUUUCAAUUAUGAGUGACAGUGUCCUCUAUCUUGCAAUUUAACGAUCUCUGUUGAUGCAGUAAAAGGUGACUUUGUUAUUUUUAAAUAUUUUAACAUCAGAUUUUGAAUUCAUAUUAUUCUUUGUCCAAUACUGAAAUGACUAAAUUUAAGUAUCGACUAGACUAGUGAACUACAAAAAUAAAUAUCAGCUCAUGGAAAUGACUGCUGUUAGGAAAUCUCUAAGCUUGAAUGAAAAGUUGAUUGAAGCUGAAAAAGCAAAGAAUGCUGGCAAUAGUUUCUACAAAGAUGGAAAUUUGCAGAAAGCAAUAAAAAAAUAUCAUAUUUCUCUCCUCUACUUAAAAGAUGUCGAAAAACCUUCACCGUUAGAUAAGUUGAGUGGAACUGAACCAGAAGAGAUAUCAGAAGAACUUUUAGAUGAUAUUUUCAAACUAAGGUGUUCCUGUUAUAAUAAUUUGUCAGCUGUCAUGUUGAAAAAGAAAAAUUACGAAAAAGUGAUAACCUAUGCAACGGAGGUUCUCACCAAGGAGUCGAAGAAUGUGAAAGCCUUUUUCAGACGUGGUCAGGCUUACUAUGCAACCAAGAAUAUCGAAAAAGCAGAAGAUGAUUUUCUUGCGAUAAAACAAAUUGAUAGUUCAGAAAGUUGCGCUGACAGAUUCUUCCCGUUAAUAGACGCAGCAAAGAAGAAACAACUUGCAAGUGAAAAAGAAAUGUGUCGUAAAAUGAUGAGCAACGGUUGACAGUCUGUUUUUCUUCUUUCUUUCUUUUGUAUAUAAAUAUUUCCAGUUUUUUCAAUUAUAUUAUGAAUUAAA